AUGUCGUCCAGAAUCGAAAUAGUCUUGAACAACACGAGAUCUGAUCGCUUAUCACCGAUCGCCACACUAUCUGACGUCUACGACGGUAGGUCUCGGAGUGCUGAGACAGAUUAUGCUGCCAGACAGGCAUGCAGAUUUUCCUCAUGCUUAGCACGCCUUGUUAAGACAAGCUUAGUUUUCAUCACAGAGCGUCUCCAACGUGCUGUCGUCGUGGAGGAGGAACCACCCAGUGACUUGCUUGACAAGACUGUGAAGAAUGAUAGUUCAACUAGUCUUCGAAUGGAGUUGAAAAUGUCGAAUCUCGGAAGUCCCUACCAGAGAACGUGGUUCCGCUGUGCAUCGUAG